AUGGCAGCUUUAUACUUGAGUUUGGCUUUUAUAGUGUUUGCGAAGGAUCUUGUAUUUCAGCAGCAUAUGGGUCGUGGAAGGCUGUUUUUGCCGACUAGGUUCGGGCUAGUUCUUGUAGAUGAUAAUGGGGUAUAUGAAGAUCCAAUUGAAGAUAAUAAUUUGAAUCUGGAAAAUAAAGGAGAAGAAGAGGUAAAAAAUGAUUAUAAAAAUAUUGAUGAGGAGGUUUUAAAUGAAGAGACAAUAAAGAAAAAUGAUGAAUUAUUGGGUAAAAAUGAAGAAAGUAAUAAUAUUGGGAAUUUUAAUGGGACAAAGUUUGAAAUUAGUGAAGGAAAAGAAAAGGAAAUAAGUGAUGGGACAAUUGAGACUUCAAGCCUUGAGAUUGAGGAUAGUUUUGAAGAUAAAAAUAUAGAAGAAGAGCAGAAAAAUGAAGAGGAGAGUCCUUUGAUUUUUCAGUAUCAAGCUUCAAAUAUUCAAGAUGAAUCUACUGAGUCUCUUAAUAAGAAAACUGAAGAAGAAAUAUCAGAAGACAACAGCCUUUCUUUUGUGAUUUUAUCUUUUAUAGGAUGCACAUUUCUGAUUUCGCUAAUUUAUUUGCAUUAUAAACACUAA